AUGGUGAACAACUGCCAAGGAGAACGUAUAAGUAAUCUGGACAGUGAGAAAACCAAAAUACCGGGGAUUACUAGCAAUCGCUUGCUAAAGUAUUUUUUCGAAGUUCGUGGGCACCACAUCACCUCUGUUCAUCAGGUAUUGAAUUAUUAUAUUUGCCAAUCAAAGUUCUGGUUAAAAGCGAAAGAAAUUGGAAUAGAUGGUGCAACCACAACUGGGCAUUUAGAGCUAGAUGAAAAUGGAUAA